GGGCACGCGGGGGGGGCGUGCCCGGGCGAGGUUCGGGUGUCCUUGCAGGGCGCUGGGCUAAACUUCACCAAAUAAUGGCUGUUGGCGCCGGGGCUGCCGGGGAGCCAUUUUAGAAAUAACAUUCAUCCCUGAUUUGAUGAUAAUGAAAAUACAGAAAAAAGACAAGCAGCCACCCAGCUUAAAAGUGCUGAGCCGCUCCCCAAUGUCGGAUGCCUCGGACACCUGGGAGUGCAAGGCGCAGGGCCCCUUGGCCGGCAGCGAGGAGCAGCAGACCCACAGGGCGACGGCCACAGAGGCAGGUGGGCAGUGCCUGUGCCCUGAGGAGCAGCCCGACGGGGCUCCGCUGCGGCGGCCAAGCGCCCAGAACGGGAUGCAGGACACUGGGGCUGUGGGCACGGGGGUGAAGAAGAAACGGAAGAAAAAGGAUUUGGGAGAGCAGGAAGGAGGAGAAAAAGCAACUGUGGAGAUGAAACCAAAGAGGAGAAGAGAGCCUAAAGAACCAAAAGAGCCUAAAAAGGCCAAGGAGCCCAAGAAGCAGAAGGAGCCCAAGCAGAGGGAGGUGACCAAGAAGCCCCGGAAACCUCGGGAACCCAAAGCUCCCAAGGAGCCUAAAGACAGGAAGAGCGGCUCUGAGCCUGGCCCCAGAACAAGGCCCAAGAAGAGCAGCAAGGAGCAGGGGCCCACCCCUGUAGAGAAGAAGAAGAAAGGGAAGAGGAAAAAUGAGAUCCCAGUGGACAGCUUGGAUUUGGAUCAGGAUCUUCUGAGCCCAUCAGUGCAGAGCCCUGAGGAGUCUGCGGAGUCGGCUGACAGCCAGAAACGACGCUCUGGCCGGCAGGUGAAGAGGAGGAAGUACAACGAGGACCUGGAUUUCAAGGUGGUGGAUGAUGAUGGCGAGACGAUAGCUGUGCUGGGAGCCGGGCGAACCUCUGCACUCUCUGCCUCCACUCUGGCAUGGCAGGCUGAGGAGCCUCCUGAGGAUGAUGCCAAUAUCAUUGAGAAGAUCCUUGCCUCAAGGAUGGUGCAGAAGGAGACUCAUCCUGGAGGCCUGACAUUCGAGAUGGAGGAGUUCUACGUCAAGUACAGGAACUUCUCCUACCUGCACUGUAAGUGGGCAACUCUGGAGGAGCUGGAGAAGGACCCCCGGAUAUCCCAGAAGAUAAAGCGCUUCCGAAACAAGCAGGCUCAGAUGAAGCAUAUUUUUACAGAGCCUGACGAGGAUUUGUUUAACCCAGACUAUGUGGAGGUAGAUCGAAUUCUGGAGGUGGCUCACACGAAGGACCCUGACACCGGAGAGGAGGUGACUCACUACCUGGUGAAGUGGUGCUCGCUGCCCUAUGAGGAGAGCACCUGGGAGCUGGAGGAGGAUGUUGACCCAGGGAAGAUAAAAGAGUUUGAAGCCCUCCAAAUCCCUCCAGAAAUCAAGCACAUGGUAACGUACCCAGAGGAGCGCCCAGCAUCUGAGUCCUGGCAGAAACUGGAGAAGUCCCGAGAGUAUAAGAAUAGCAACCAGCUGCGGGAAUAUCAGCUGGAGGGAAUGAACUGGCUGCUCUUUAACUGGUAUAACAGGAAGAAUUGCAUCCUGGCUGAUGAGAUGGGGCUGGGGAAGACAAUCCAGUCAAUCACCUUCCUCUCAGAAAUCUUCCUGAUGGGCAUCCAUGGCCCCUUCCUCAUCAUCGCUCCCCUCUCCACCAUCACUAACUGGGAGAGGGAGUUUCGCACCUGGACAGAGAUGAAUGCCAUCGUGUACCACGGCAGCCAGAUCAGCCGCCAGAUGAUCCAACAGUAUGAGAUGGUGUACAGGGACACACAGGGCAACCCUCUGCCUGGGAUCUUCAAGUUCCAGGUGGUUAUCACCACCUUUGAGAUGAUCCUUGCUGACUGCCCAGAGCUGAAGAAGAUCCAGUGGCGCUGUGUGGUCAUUGAUGAGGCGCAUCGCCUGAAGAACAGGAACUGCAAGCUGCUGGAGGGGCUGAAACUUAUGGCCCUGGAGCACAAGGUGCUGCUGACAGGAACCCCCCUGCAGAACUCAGUGGAGGAGCUCUUCAGCCUCUUGAAUUUCCUGGAGCCACAACAGUUUCCCUCAGAGACAGCCUUCCUGGAGGAGUUUGGGGACCUGAAGACAGAAGAGCAGGUGAAGAAGCUGCAAUCUAUCCUGAAGCCCAUGAUGCUGCGACGGCUGAAAGACGAUGUAGAGAAGAAUCUGGCACCCAAGCAGGAGACCAUCAUUGAGGUGGAGCUGACCAACAUCCAGAAGAAAUACUAUCGGGCCAUUUUGGAGAAGAACUUCUCCUUUCUGUCCAAGGGUGCCAACCAGCACAACAUGCCCAAUCUCAUCAACACCAUGAUGGAGCUGCGGAAGUGCUGCAAUCACCCGUAUCUCAUCAAUGGGGCAGAGGAGAAGAUCCUGGAAGACUUCCGUAAAACACACAGCCCGGAGGCACCAGACUUCCAGCUGCAGGCGAUGAUCCAGGCAGCUGGAAAACUGGUGCUCAUCGACAAGCUGCUUCCCAAGCUGAUUGCUGGUGGGCACAAGGUGCUCAUCUUCUCCCAGAUGGUGCGCUGCCUUGACAUCCUGGAAGACUAUCUCAUUCAGAGGCGGUACACCUAUGAGCGAAUCGAUGGGCGGGUGCGUGGCAACCUGCGCCAAGCUGCCAUCGACCGCUUCUGCAAGCCUGACUCAGAUCGCUUUGUCUUCCUACUGUGCACGCGGGCGGGUGGACUGGGCAUCAACCUCACUGCUGCCGACACCUGCAUCAUAUUUGAUUCAGACUGGAACCCACAGAAUGACCUCCAGGCUCAAGCUCGCUGCCAUCGGAUCGGACAGAGCAAGGCAGUGAAGGUGUAUCGCCUCAUCACCAGGAACUCCUAUGAGCGGGAGAUGUUCGACAAGGCCAGCCUGAAACUGGGCCUGGAUAAGGCUGUGCUGCAGGACAUCAACCGCAAGGGCGGCACCAAUGGGGUCCAGCAGCUCUCAAAGGUGGAGGUGGAGGACCUGCUGCGGAAAGGUGCCUAUGGUGCUCUCAUGGAUGAGGAGGAUGAAGGAUCCAAGUUCUGUGAGGAGGACAUUGACCAGAUCCUGCAGCGCAGGACGCAGACCAUCACAAUCCAGUCCGAGGGCAAGGGCUCCACCUUUGCCAAGGCCAGCUUUGUAGCAUCAGGCAACAGAACUGACAUCUCCUUAGAUGACCCUAACUUCUGGCAAAAGUGGGCCAAAAUAGCAGAGCUUGAUACCGAUGCCAAGAAUGAAAAGGAGAGCUUGGUCAUCGACAGGCCCCGUGUGCGGAAGCAGACCAAACACUACAACUCCUUUGAGGAGGAUGAGCUGAUGGAGUUCUCUGAGCUGGACAGUGACUCGGAUGAGCGCCCCACUCGCUCCCGGCGCUUCAAUGAGAAGACGCGGCGGUACCUGCGGGCUGAGUGCUUCCGUGUGGAGAAGAACCUGCUCAUAUUUGGCUGGGGACGAUGGAAAGAUAUCCUGACCCACGGGCGCUUCAAGUGGCACCUGAACGAGAAGGACAUGGAGAUGAUUUGUCGAGCACUGCUGGUUUAUUGUGUCAAGCACUACAAAGGGGAUGAGAAGAUAAAGAGUUUUAUCUGGGAUCUCAUCACACCAACAAAGGAUGGCCAGAACCAGGCACUGCAGAAUCACUCAGGUAGUUUGUCAGCACCAGUGCCCAGAGGCAGGAAGGGGAAGAAGACAAAGAACCAAAUGCUGCUUCCUGAGAUAAAGAACGCAGACUGGCUUGCUACAUGCAACCCUGAGGUGGUCCUGCAUGAUGACAGCUACAAGAAGCACCUCAAACAGCACUGCAACAAGGUUCUGCUGCGAGUGCGGAUGCUGUACUACCUGAAGGCUGAGGUGCUUGGGGAGGCCGCUGACAAGGCCUUCGAGGGCACUCCUGCCAGAGAGCUGGAUGUGCUGCUGCCAGACAUUGACUACGUGGAGAUCCCAGUGGACUGGUGGAAUGCUGAAGCUGAUAAAUCCUUGCUCAUCGGUGUCUUCAAGCACGGUUAUGAGAGGUACAAUGCCAUGCGGGCAGACCCGGCGCUGUGCUUCCUGGAGAAGGUGGGCAUGCCUGAUGAGAAGCUGCUUUCUGCAGAGCAGGGCAUCAGCGAUGGGGCUCAAGACACUGCUGAAAGGGGCACCAUGGAAAAGGAAGAGAGCAACGGAGAAAAGCUGGAGGGGCUGCCGAAGCAGGAGGACGUUGUGGCUGCUGGGGCAGGUGAAGCUGGCGAGAAGCGGGAUGAGCCAUCGGCAGCCCAGGAUGGCUCCGACUCAGACAGAUCCUGCUGGCCUGUCUCGUCUGCCCUCACAGCCAGGCUGCGGCGGCUCGUCACUGUCUACCAGCGCUGCAACCGCAAAGAGUUGCCUGCGCGCAGCGAGAUGCUGGUGCCUGGUAACCAUGGAUACUGGCUGCAAGAUGAGGUGUUCCGGAGAGCCUCUGAGAUGGACUCGGUGAACAAAGAGAUGCAGAAAAGGUGGACAAGGAGGGAGCAGGCAGAUUUUUACCGCACCGUCUCUUCCUUCGGGGUCAUCUAUGACCAGGAGAAAAAGACCUUUGACUGGACCCAGUUCCGAGCCAUCUCUCGUUUGGAGAAGAAAACAGAUGAGAGCUUAGAGAAGUACUUCUACAGCUUUGUAGCCAUGUGCAAGAAUGUCUGUGGUCUCCCACUGUGGAAAGAAGAUGGUCCCCCGGAUCCCGACAUCUACGUGGAGCCCAUCACGGAGGAGCGCGCUGCCAGAACCCUGUACCGCAUUGAGCUGCUGCGGAAGGUGCGCGAGCAGGUGCUGAGGUGUCCGCAGCUGCACGAGCGGCUCAAGCUGUGCCGGCCCAGCCUCUACCUGCCCGUGUGGUGGGAGUGUGGCAAACACGACCGGGACCUGCUGAUCGGCACCGCCAAGCACGGCCUGAAUCGCACAGACUACUACAUCAUGAAUGACCCGCAGCUGUCUUUUUUAGAUGCGUACAGGAACUACGCCCAGCAUAAAAGAACAGGGAUCCCAGGCUCGGAAUCUCUGUGCUGCCUGUACCAGACUAACUCCAAACUCUACAGUUCCCCUCUGUAUAGCCAGGUGGAUCGGACUUGUGAAUCCCUGGAGAAUGAGACUGAGAGUCAGAUCAAGCUGGAAAACACUGACAGCACCAUGUCCCAGGCCGGGGGCAGCCCGCCGGAUGCAAACUGUGAAACGUUCAUGUCUAAAGUCCGGGACAUCAUUUCCAGUAACUACGAUGAGAGCUCGCUGCCGGACUCGCUGAUGUGCAUGAUGUAUGACGAGAAGGUCUGCAACAGUGAGCAGAGCUCCCUCGCCCGAGACAGCCCGACCUGCACAGAUGUUGGAAGCAGCAUUGCUAAACUGUCUGAGGGCAAGCUAGAGGGGGACGAGGAUCCAUCCAGCUGUGACGCGGAGGCCAUGAGAGAGGCUUCCUUCCUGGAGGGUUUGCAGGUGGGCUGUGACCAAAUGGACUGUCAGAAUGAAGAAGCUGAGCCUUCACCUUCUACUCCUGAAAGUGACCCUUCACGGAGCGUCCCAGCAGAGCUCUGUGAGGCCGUGCAGCAGAAGAGGGACCUCAGCAGCCCUGCGCCGGUGCUGUCUGAGCACCGUGCCAUGGAAGGGGUUAUAAGUGUGGGGCUGUACAGUCCCAGCCUUCACAACUAUGACAUGAAGGUUCCUUCUGAGCAGAGGUUCAUUAAUCUGCUGCAGGAGAAGGGAAUGGAGGCAAAAGCAGGUCCAAGUCAAAGCCACAGUGAGGAAGAUGAGGAAGAAGAGGACGAUGAUAACUCAGAGGCGGCAGCAGAUGUUGCAGAAGGCUUGAGUGGUCCGAGGGCCAGGGCCAGUUGUGAUGAACUGGGGGGUGAGGAGCAGAGCCUUGGCCUCCCCACACAUGAGGACACUUGUCCUGAAGAUGUGAACAGUGAGAGAGGGUCCCUGGGGCUGGGGAUGCUCGAAGUGCCCGCGGAGCCUGGGCCGGAGGGCAGGGAAGACCACAGCCUGGAUGAGGAGAACACCCUGCAGCACUUGCCAGGCCAGUCUCAGAGCCGGCCUUUCAGCCUGCCUGCCCCUCCAUUGGGGGCUCUAGGGACACAGCCCCUCCAUGCUGGGGGAGAAGCCUGGGGCCAAGAGACCAAGGGGCAGGCAGGCUGCAGGGAGGCCCUGCAUCCUGUGCCUCUGGGGGUGAAGCAAGAGGAGUGUGAGAUCAGAGAUGAGGAGGAGAAAACUGGCAGCAGCCAGAGUCAAGAUGGCCCGGAGAAAUAUUUGGAGGAAGAGAGCAAGAGUUCAGCUUCUGUCCUGCCUGGGGAGAUUGAUGACCUGCAGGAUGUCCGGGCACCAACCAUCGCCCAGCUGCUGCAGGAAAAGACGCUUUACUCCUUCUCUGAGUGGCCUAAGGAUCGUGUGAUCAUCAACCGCAUUGACAACAUCUGCCACGCCAUCCUGAAGGGCAAAUGGCCAUCCUCCAGCCAGCAGUUCGAGACCCAGAGUCUGCUGGCAGCCCCAGCCGUGGCCAGCAAUGCUGGCAGCAGGAACAGCUUUGCUGAGUCAGAAGCCCCCGAUCCCAGCUUCAACAAUGGAGUGUUAAUCUCACAGGUACAAAAGGAAGGCUUCCUGAACCCUGCCUUUGCAAAAGAUGAGCGGAAGCACAGGCGGCUGUAUGAAUUUGAGCUGGAGAGAGAUGCCAAGCAGAGGAGCUUGGAGCAGUUGGCAGCAGCCCAUGUUCAUCCUCCCAUUGUGCUGAACGGCUGGCGCGAUGCGGCUGUGGACCUGUCCAGAGCCUCUGACGGAUCCCCAGGGAACUCCUCUCCUUUCCCUCUGAACGCAAACAUGCCCAAGCUGGGGACUGUCAACACCCUCCAGGGCUCCCUGGGCAUGGACUUGUCCGGCAUCUUGCAGGCGGGGUUAAUCCAUCCUGUCACAGGACAAAUUGUAAAUGGCAGCCUCCGAAGAGACGAUGCUGCCAUGAGGAGGAGACGGGGCAGGAGAAAAAAUGUAGAAGGGAUGGAUCUCAUCUUCCUGAAGGAGAGGCCUCUUCCAACCAGGCUGCAGGACGUUCAGGACGAUCAGCUGCAGCCACCCCAGAACAGCCCCCUCCCAGAUGGGCCGGCAGCUGCUACCUCAACUCCGCAGCCAGUCCCAGCUGCAGGCAGCCAGGCUGAGAAGGCUGUCCCCAACAAGAGUCUCCUCGACUGGCUCCGUCAGCAGUCCGACUACACGCUCGACGUUCCCAGCUUCGGCACAAAUUUUUCAGACAAGCCCAAGCAGAGGAGGCAGCGCUGCAAGGACCCCAGCAAAUUGGACAUUAGUGCACUCACGGGCGAGGAGCGGGUGCCGGUGGUACAUAAGGGUACCGGACGGAGGUUAGGGGGAGCCACGGCACCAGCAUUGAAGGAAUUGCCAAGGUGGCUUGAUGCAAACUUGGAGUAUGCUGUUGCAGCUGACUGGGCUGACAUUGUUAAGCUUUCAGGCUACUUACCAGAAAGCAAAUUCAACCGUGUGCUGACUGAGCCGGUGCUGCGUGACGCGGGGCCGCGCCGCAGGGGGAGGCGGCCCAGAAGUGAGCUCAUCAAAGGCCCCGGCGUCGUAGCAGAUUCUUCUUCUGGAAUGGGACCAUUGUUCAUGAACGGACUGAUUGCCGGAAUGGACCUAGUGGGACUUCAGAACAUGAGAAACAUGCAAGGGAUCCCCCUGACCGGGCUGGUCGGCUUCCCUGCGGGCUUUGCGGCCGUGCCCGCUGGCGAGGACGUGAAGAGCACCCUGAGCAUGUUGCCCAUGAUGCUGCCAGGCAUGGCCACCGUGCCGCAGAUGUUCGGCGUCGGAGGGCUUCUCAACCCACCCAUGGCAACGACUUGUACCGCCACCGCUCCGACUUCCUUAACAAGCACAACAAAAAGUGGUACAUCGAACGCAGAGAAAGCUACUGAGGAUAAACAGAGCAGCCAGGAUGCGAAAAAAGAAACUCUUUCUGAAGAUAAGCCCGGCCCUAGUUCGUUUUCUAAUCAGACAGAAUCCGCAAUAACUACCAGUAGUCCUGUAGCUUUUAACCCGUUUCUUAUCCCAGGGAUGUCACCCGGACUGAUCUAUCCGUCAAUGUUUCUCUCCCCUGGCAUUGGCAUGGCGCUGCCGGGCAUGCAGCAGGCCAGGCACGCGGAGGCAGCCAGCCUGGAGAGUCAGAAGCGGAAGAGAAAGAAAGCGAAAGGGGACGCAGCGAACCCAGAACCAGAAACUGUCUCGCUGCCCGAAAAAGAAGCUGCAAACGGUCAAAACUGUACAGAGCAAACACCGCCUUUGCCAGCAGAGAAAGAGCAGGAUGUACCAGCAGAGGAGGAGGUCAAAGAAGUUAAUGAUACCAAUUAGAACUUUUGUUUCAUUGAAAAAAAAGAUUGUGGCUUGUAAGUUUCUUAUCCCAUACCUAUUUGUUACUUACCCUCCUGCCCCCACUCCACCUUCAUAAACCUGUGUUUCCAUGAGUAAUAUUAUCUACCUAACUCCCUGUCAGAAAACUAUGGUGACAUAUUAUAUGUUAAUAGUUGCAGGGUCUUGCCACUUUAUUAGAUAAACAGUGUUGUCUAGAUAGUGUGGGAGGCACAGAAUUCUCGUUCUGUUUUCCAGUCGUUCAUCCCGGCCGAGCAAAUCCAGUUCUUGGGCACCCCCCAAACCGCUCACACAUUUGAGAAGAAAAGGAAGCAAAAACAGAGCCAAGCAAGGCUCUCACCUCUUGGUCUGCGCACUGACAGGGGUGGUUCUUUCUCCAGCGACACUGGGUGACAGAGCCUGUAUUUGGGGGUAAAAAGCACAGCUAUAGUAAGUGCUGAUGUGUAUUUUUGAUUUGAAGUAUUUCCCUAUUUUAUCAUGGUUACUAGAAUAGUAGUAUAGACAGAAGUAUAUACCUAAUGAUUGAAAAUGCAUAUAUUCAUUUCUUUGAAACAAAGAGACAUUACUGGUAGUGGUAUAAUUUCUCCAUCACCCCCACCUCAAAGGUUUGGAAACAAACGACAGUGAGUGACAAUAUUACGUAGGCAUUCUUUUGUAUUUUUUCAAACCAAAGUUUGGUUUUACGUUAAGUGGAAUUUUCGUUGCCCUUUCCUCGAUAGUUAUGAGAGCUUUUCAGCCCGAGCUGAAAACGUUUUGCACAUCUUGCAUGACUUUUUGGGAUUCCUGUACCCAUCGCUACCAGUUCCCCCAUGGCCCCGCUAGAAUUCCGUUCUCAUCUACGGCGUUAGUCCUCAUCUAUGGCAUUAGGAGUGCUGUAAUGUUAUUUUUUCAGGCCACAAACAGGCCACGCUGAUUUUAAUGCUCUUUUAUGAACACUGAGGCUUUUUGAGUUGCUGUCCAUUGGGGUCCAUGUUCAGAUGCGGCGUCUCUCAGAGCAGGGGAGGCUGCAGGCUGUGCUGCUCUGAGGGCAGAAGGACCGCGGGAUCUCCAAAGCUCGAGUUUGUUCUUCUUUCCUAGUGGUAGACUGUGAAGAGAUCACGUUUGCUUCUUCUUUCCAUUCCUCUACGUGCUGUUGAACAGUAUUUCCAAGUCCCCCCAUCGGCAAAUGAUUCUGACGUACGUGUUUUAAGCGGACAGGUUUUAAUGCAGUCAGUGCCCGAAACUCUGUGUGUGUUGAGACACCUCCACAGGCAACUCCUCCGUUUCUCCUCCCCUUCACUCCUUUCGUUUCCCUUUCACUUGGGCUCGUUCUCAUUUGCAGCUCAUGGUUUGAGACUUGAAGUCAGCGCGGCGGGCGUUGGGAGCGUCAAGUCACCGGUCACACAUCUGGUUGUCACGAUUUACUGUAUUUUUUACUUAUUUUCUGUUACAGUUUUGCUAAUUUAUCGGAUGGUCCAAAUGUUUUGGCAUAACUAUUUCGGUUUGCAUUAUUUAUUUAUGAUGCUUUUUUUUUUUUUUUGUCAUUGUCUUUUAUACAUUUGGAAUGAUAAAUGGUGUACAUGUUGAAAUCAGCAUCUCAAAGAAGUCUGUUACCCACGAGCUGAAAAGUUCAUCCUUUCACGGACGUAUUCCCAGAUUCCUGGAUUGGGUGAUUUUUUAAAGUCUGUAACCAAUCACGAUGCAAACCCCCCCCAAUUAAAUGUCUUCUAUUUAAUAACUUCCUCGUAGCAUAGAUACUGUAUCGCUGUCGACAGAUUUCUUAGAAAUGCUGCUAUCUCUAUUUAACUAACAUUUUGUUCAGUUUUGCCUCCAGUGGAAGCAGAAAGGGUUUUCUCAGCUGUUAAAUCCAAAAUCGAUAUAAUUUAUUUAUGUAAAAAAAAAAUCACGAUUGAUAUAUUUUUGAACCUUUUAAGUACUAACUUUCUUUUUAUUCAGUAGAAGAACAUGUACUUGCCCUAAAUCCUUAAAAUACAAAUGCUAUAAAACUUCA